GACCGGUUUGGAUUCUUUAGCUUAAACCCUAGUUUCUUCUAAAACCUUUCUUCUUCCCUAAUUCUCAAUCUCAUUCCACUGAUCUGAUCAUUUCAAUCUCUCAGCAGUCAUGUACCGGUUCGCUACAGCAUUGACUUCAUCGAUCAGGUCGUCUACAUCAAGAAAGCUGGUAUCAGGUAGAGUUAUUUGGAGCAGAAACUAUGUUGCGAAGGAUAUCGAGUUUGGUACUAGGGCCCGCGCUGCCAUGUUGCUUGGUGUUAACCAACUUGCUGAAGCUGUAAAGGUCACAAUGGGACCCAAGGGGCGUAAUGUGAUUAUUGAGCAAAGUUACGGAAGUCCUAAGGUCACAAAGGACGGUGUUACCGUAGCCAAAAGCAUUAACUUCGAGGAGAAGGCUAAAAAUCUCGGUGCUAGCUUGGUCAAGCAGGUUGCUAGUGCAACUAAUUCUACUGCUGGAGACGGUACAACAUGUGCUACUGUUCUGACUCAAGCGAUAUUCAACGAAGGUUGCAAGUCUGUAGCGGCAGGUGUAAAUGUUAUGGAUUUAAGAAGUGGUAUCAAUAUGGCUGUUGAUGCCGUUAUAACCGAUUUGAAGAAUCAAGCGUUAAUGAUAAGUACACCAGAAGAAAUAACGCAGGUAGCGACUAUCUCUGCGAAUGGAGAACGUGAGAUUGGUGAACUGAUAGCAAGAGCUAUGGAGAAAGUUGGAAAAGAAGGAGUUAUUACAGUUGCUGACGGUAAUACUUUAGAUAAUGAACUGGAGGUUGUUGAGGGGAUGAAGCUAGGCCGCGGUUACAUCUCUCCGUAUUUUGUUACCGACACAAAGACACAAAAAUGUGAACUAGAGCAUCCGUUGAUUUUUAUUCACGACAAAAAAAUUUCGGACUUGAAUUCACUUGUCAGGAUCUUGGAGCUCGCUGUAGAGAAACGUAGACCACUGCUAAUUGUUGCUGAAGAUAUCGAAAGUGAGCUGCUGGCAAUGCUGAUUAUUAACAAGCAUCAAGCCGGGCUUAAGGUUUGUGCAAUUAAAGCUCCCGGUUUUGGAGAUAAUAGGCGAGCUAAUCUAGAAGAUUUGGCAGUGCUUACAGGAGGCGAGGUUAUUAGUGAGGAACGUGGAUUAAGCCUUAACGAUGUUCAACUCGACAAACUUGGUACUGCAAAAAAGGUUACUGUGUCUCUUGAUGAUACCAUAAUUCUACACGGUGGUGGUGAUAAGAAGCAAAUUGAAGAAAGAUGCGAAGAAUUACGGGCAACGGUUGAGAGUAGUACCGCCAUGUUUGACAAAGAGAAAGCACAAGAAAGGUUGUCAAAGUUAUCCGGUGGUGUUGCCGUCUUCAAGGUUGGUGGUGCCAGUGAGGCGGAAGUUGGAGAAAGAAAAGAUAGGGUAACCGAUGCUUUAAAUGCUACAAGAGCAGCUGUGGAAGAAGGAAUAGUUCCAGGUGGCGGGGUUGCACUUCUAUAUGCUACUAGGGUUCUUAAAAGCCUUAAAACCGCAAACGAGGAUCAGAAGAGAGGAGUUGAAAUAGUCGAAAAUGCUCUCAAGGCACCUACAUUUACAAUAAUCUCAAAUGCUGGCGGUGAGGGUGCAUUGGUUCUUGGCAAGCUAUUGGAACAAGAUGAUCUUCGUUUUGGCUUUGACGCUGCCCAAGGAAAAUACGUUGACAUGGUGAAGGCUGGAAUUAUAGAUCCGCUAAAAGUUGUGAGAACGGCUUUAGUAGAUGCUGCCAGUGUGUCGCUAUUGUUGACCACCGCUGAGUCAACCAUUGUGGAUCGUCAAGGAGAGAAAAACCCACUCGCAAAUCGGAUGCCGAACAUGGAUGAUAUGGGAAUGGGAUUUUAGUUUCAACCGACAUUCAGCAGUCGCAAGAUGCCAUUAUUCGAUUCCUAGUAUAAUUUUGUUGGAAGUUUUUUUAGUAGCAUUUUUUUUUGAAAAUGUAAUACGGGAGGAGGUAUAUUAAAGGAUACAAACAAAGAUUGCUAGAGAUAAACAUAAGUAAAGAUUAUCUUUAUCGAAAAUUCGAAAUCUUACUUGAUCUUC